UUUUUUUAUUAUUUAGAAAGUGUAUUUAAAUAGGUUUAGUAAAAUUGGUGAUAAUGAUAAACGCGGUGCCACUUGCUUGUUUCCUGUCUAUGAUACGGCCACCCGGAGUACAAUUUGACAACGCGUUACUCCAAAUAGCCCCCGUGGACAAGACCAAGUGUCCCCUGGUCCGGGACUCAACUGAUGUGCAGUUUCGGCUAUACACCAGGUACAACCCGACCCAAUAUCAAGAGCUGAUCAUCGGUGAUGAUGAGAAACUCUUCGCGUCCCACAUGAACUUCAAAGAGAAGACGGUGCUGUAUUUCACAGCUUUCAUGGAAGAACCUGAUGAUGGUAGCGGAUUGCUGGUCCGAGAAGCAUACAUGUUACGAGGCGACGUGAACUUCAUAAUUCUGGACGUGUCUCAACUGGAAGCCGGCCCUUGGUACUUCACCGCGGCCGAUAACACUUGGUACAUCGGCCGUUUUGCUGCUAAAUUCAUCGACUACCUUGUCUCCAGAGGCCUGGAUCUGUCGAAGACACAUCUGGUGGGGCACAGCUUGGGUGCGCACGCGGCGGGGGUGGCCGGCGCAUUCGUAACUUCAGGUCGCGUCUCAAGAAUCACCGGUUUGGACCCCGCCGGGCCGCUUUUCACUAAGCUACCCCUAGAACAGCGCUUGGAUCCCACAGAUGCCCACUUUGUAGAUGUCAUACACACUGAUGCUGGGAUAUUUGGCUUCCCAGUGUCCUUAGGACAUGCGGACUUCUACCCCAACGGUGGGAUCAGCCCACAGCCGGGCUGCGAGCUGGAAGUGGUGUUGCAUCAACAGCAGUUUUUCAACAAAUUUUUCUGCAGCCACUGGCGCUCGUACAUGUUCUACGCCGAAUCACUCCUAAGGCCAGAUGCCUUCAUCGCGUCCCCGUGCGAAUCCUGGAAGGGCUAUAAGAGCGGGGCUUGUGCGUACUCGAGACGCAAGCGGUCGCACUUGCCCCAUAUGGGAAUCGCGGCUGACCCUACGUGACAGAAACAUGAAAACGCAAGGCUACUACACAUUUGACUUACUACCUGUCAAAGUAGAUUCACAGAACCUGUCAAAUAGAGCUGACAUAC